GGAAGUGGCUGUGGGCAAGAUGCGUGCUGGCUGCUGCGGCUCUGCGAGCUGGAAGUUAGGGCCGGAGGGCUCGGCCGAGGCCGCGUGCGGCGCGUCUGCCCCGGGCCUGUGUGGCCUCGCUGCGCCCCGGGCCACGUGCGGAGCGCAGAAGUAUCCUGGAGGCCCUCAGAAGGUCUUUAGGAAAACAAAGAAGGUAGAGGAAGGAAGCCUUCUGAGCUUUUUGGCCCUAAAUGGCUACAGAAUCAAGAAAACCUUCUUCAGCCCCAUCUCCACCAGCCCAGGCCUCUGAAGAGGACCUUGUCAUCGUCAAGGUAGAGGAGGAUCAUGGCUGGGAAGAGGAAUCUAGCCUUCAGGAAAAUCACGCUCCUGGCCAAGAGCUGUUUCGCCUGCGCUUCAGGCAGUUGCGCUACCAGGAGACACUGGGACCCCGGGAAGCUCUGAUCCAACUCCGGGCACUUUGCCAUCAGUGGCUUCGUCCAGACUUGAACACCAAAGAGCAGAUUCUGGAGCUGCUGGUUCUGGAGCAGUUCCUGACCAUCCUGCCUGAGGAGCUGCAGACUCUGGUUAAGGAACACCAGCUAGAGGAUGGAGAAGAGGUGGUGACCCUGUUGGAGGACUUGGAAAGGCAGAUUGACAUCCUGGGACGGCCAGUCCCAGCUCGUGCACAUGAGCACAGGGUUCUCUGGGAGGAAGUGAUGCCUUCGGAACCUCCACCAGAACCUCCAAGUACUCAGCUUCUGCCUGUGACAGCCAAGCAUAACCCUUUAGUGCCCCAGAGGCCACAGCAGAGAGCCAUGUCUUCUUCUCAGAGUCCUGCUCCUUCCCAGAAAGGAAGUUCUGGAGAUAAGAUGGCAGCCUCACUUCUCACAGCAGGGUUCCAGACUUUGGAAAAGAUCGAAGACAUGGCUGUGUCUCUUAUUCGAGAGGAGUGGCUUCUUGACCCAUCACAGAAGGAUCCGAAUAGAGAAAACAGACCUGAGAAUUACAACAUGUUCUCCCUGGGUGGUGAGACCAGGAGUGAGAACAAGGGAUCAGCUUCAGAACAGCAUUCCAGCAUUUUCUUCAUUUGGCACCCUUACUGACUCCAUUGAGUCACUGAGCAUCUGUACAUACCUUCAUCACCCCCAGUCUCAGUACCUGUGUCAGCAAAGGAAGUGGACGCGUUAGUGGUGAUUGUGAGAGUGAUGCAGAGAAAGAGGUGAGUGGAGACUCAGCCUGGCUAUUCUUGAGCGUGGAUAGUUGUACCUCAAGGUAACUUCUGAUUCUCCUUCCACCUCCCCACUGUACACCGUGGUACAAAAGAUAUUUGCACUGUCCUAGUUACGGUGUCAUAAAGAGACAGAAGUGCUUGGAAAAGACAUAAAAAUCUUCACAGAUAAUGCACCUCACAGUACUGCCCUCAAGUUCCUGUUAGCUUGUGCGAACUGCUGACUACAUGUCACCCUAGAUCCGCCUUCUCAGAGGGCCUCAGCACCUCUCAUCAGCUUCCAUCUGUGUCCUGCCAUUUGUAUAGCUUUAAUACCCACAGUGGGAAUCUGGCAGAUACCUUACCUCACUGUGCCUGAUUCUGAAUUCUGGUGUACUCCAUCCGUCGUCUACAAACAAAGACAUGUUGUCACCAGGUAUUGUAUGAAGAAAUGAGACUGGUUUUAAACCUACACGCCAGGUCUUAUGCAUCCAAAACUGGGGUCCCCUUUCAGUUGGGUCCUUUGUACUUACUACUUAGUAAGCACUUGCUAAAAUGCUUACUCUCAAGUACUAUUAUUCCAAUAGUGCUACUGUGCUUCCAAAUAUUUGGAAGAUUUUUAGAAUUCUUAUUUACUAGACUGUAAGAAAACCAUCUGUUACUAUUAAUCACAUUUCAUGUUUGUCCAUUUGAUUAGAUGCUUACUUAAUGGGCUUGGAAUUGAAUAACUUGUUUUCCAACAUCUUCAUACUUAAAAUUAUCCCAUUAAUCUUAUUCAGAACACACAAAGGUAGGUUUUGAUAAAAUCUCCGAGAGAAUUUCAUUCUGUGACUGUACCAUAAAAGGAGCAAGUGUGUUUUUUAUGACCUCACAGAAGUCCACACUUAAGACUGUAAGUUCCUUUUCUAAUAUCUCUGUACCACCCAAGUCCCCUUUGACCACGGACAACAAGGUUAUCUACUGUGUGCUUCCUUGAGCUGUUAGUACUUAAUCAUCACUUGUCAUCUUAGUGUCACUGGUCAGAAUAGUCCUUUUUCUUCUUUUCUGUUUUUGUUUUUUUCUUUUUAACAAAGAUUAC